CGCGUAUUCUCUAGUCGAGUUUCAUCAUCCGACGCUGUGGAUUGAUGAUUCAAUGUUUUGGCGAUCCGCGACCCCGGCACCCAAGCUAACAUCUUAGCGCCAACACAUUGACAUCUCGAACAGGCAACUCACGCCUGCAUUGUUUGUGCAGUACCUUUGUCGAUGUACAGUUGAACGGCAGCAACCACCAGCAUAUCUCACGGCAUUCAAACGAAUCAUUUCUAUUGUACAGAAGGGCGGUGACAUACACCCUUCCAUUCGCACUGUUGUCGGCCAUCCGACGCCCGGCCUGAAGGCCAGAGGGAACACACCACCAUGCCUUCCCCAUACAUGCACGACUCGAACGCCUCGCUCCCUUCUCUCCCGCCAUACGAACAAUCCGAUGCAAACUUGACGGCGCAUCUGGCCAGCCGGUAUCAUGCACAACAGCCCAUCAGCUAUCUCAGCUCUGGAGCGGUCAUAUCAAUCAACACUUACAACUCCUCGGCCAAGGGACCGAAUGGCGCAAAAGAUGGUUCAGCAUUGGGUGCUGCCGAAGAGCUGGCAAGUCGAGCCAUCACAAGACUCGGACACCGACAGGAGAAUCAGGCUGUUGUCUUCAUGGGCGAGUCCGGGUCAGGGAAGACGACACUUCGAUCACAUGCUUUGUCCUCCCUGCUAUCCUUCUCGUCCACUCCUUUGUCCAAGAAGCUGUCCUAUGCUGCAUUCGUGUUCGAUGCUCUUACGACGACCAAGACGGCUACGACCCCGACUGCCUCCAAAGCAGGUUUGUUCUACGAAUUGCAAUACGAAACGGGAUCCAGUCUGCAACCCGCUCUCAUAGGCGGCAAAGUCCUCGACCAUCGACUAGAAAGAAGCCGGGUGACCUACGUGCCAGCUGGAGAACGCAACUUCCACAUUCUCUACUACCUUGUAGCUGGCACUUCGCCCGCCGAGAGACAGCAUCUGGGGCUCGACCAGUCGAUGGACGGGCAGAAGCGAUGGCGAUAUCUCGGCCACCCCUCCCAGCUCAAAAUCGGUGUCAACGAUGCCGAGGGAUUCGAAAAUUUCAAGACCGCGUUGCGAAAGUUGGAGUUUCCGCGGGAGGAUAUUGCACACAUGUGUGAGAUUCUCGCGGCCAUCUUACACAUCGGACAGCUGGAAUUCCAAGUCACCCAAUCCACCGCGCCUGCAGCGGAUGAGAGUGGUGGCUACGGCCAGGAAGGUGGUGAGGAUGUGACCACUGUCAAGAACAAAGACGACCUCGCCAUCAUCGCGGCUUUCCUCGGCGUCCGAGAGCGAGACUUGGAGCAGUCCAUGGGCUAUCGGACGAAGACGCUACACCGGGAACGUGUGACUGUCAUGCUUGAUCCCAAAGGCGCAAAGGAGAAUGCAGAUGAGCUGGCCCGUACCCUCUACGCACUGCUAGUUGCGCUGAUCAUGGAGAAGAUCAACCAAAAGAUCUGCGCCGAUGAGGAGGCCGUAAGCAACACCAUCUCCAUCGUCGACUUCCCGGGCUUUGCCAUCGAGCCAUCGACCAACAGCACUCUGGACCAACUGUUGAACAAUGCCGCCUGCGAGUCACUCUAUAACUUCUGCCUCCAAUCCUUCUUCGAGCGAAACGCCGACCUGUUGGACACCGAAGACGUCAAGAUCCCGCCGACCAGCUACUUCGACAACAGUGAUGCAGUUAGAGGCCUCCUGAAACCAGGCAACGGACUGCUCAGCAUCCUCGACGAUCAAAUGAGGCGCGAUAAAACCGACGUACAGCUUCUCGAAACCUUCCGUCGACGCUUCCAGGGCAGGAAUCCCGCGAUUGAAGUCGUCGAAACAGCAAUCGAAACUCAGUUUGGAAACAACUUCCCGACUACAAAUCGUAAUGCUGGGUUUACCGUGCGGCACUUUGCCGGCGAAGUCGACUACCCCGUCGACGGGCUCAUUGAAGCGAACGGCGAGGUCAUUAGUGGCGAUCUAAUGAAUCUAGUGUCGUACAGCAACAGCAGAUUCGUGCAGGAGCUCUUCGGCCAAGAAGCUUUGAACAAAGUCACCCAUCCAAGAGACCGCACGUCUGUGACACAUGCUUCCGUCAUGUCGAAACCAUCUCGCAAGCCGAGCGUGGUCCGACGCAAUCGCGACAGUCGGCUGACUUCGGUCUCGGUCAUCGAAGAAGAGGAAGAUGACACCACCCAGCUGCGCAGAAGGUCGACGAUGCGUCGCGCACGACCCAAGCAAGACGCUCAGCAGCAGCAACAAGGGGCAUCAGCACAGUUUCUCUCCUCCCUCGAAACCAUCACGCAAACCCUCUCGGCUGCAAACACGAACCCUUACUUCGUCUUCUGCCUGAAGCCCAACGACCGCCGCAUCGCAAACAUGUUUGACAGCAAAUGUGUUCGCGAUCAGGUACAGACGCUUGGGAUAGCGGAGAUCAGCCAACGCCUGAAGAAUGCGGACUACAGCGUCUUCAUGCCCUUUGGCGAGUUCCUGAACAUUGCUGAAGGAGACGUGAGCGUGAUGGGCAGCGAGAAGGAGAAGGUCGAGAUGAUUGUGGAGGAACGACGGUGGACUGCAGACCAGGCGCGAGUCGGAAGCACGGGAGUGUUUUUGAGUGAGCGCUGCUGGCGGCAGAUUACAGAUCUUGAGGAUCUGGGAGAUCAUGGGCGGCCAUCUUAUGAUGGCGCUGGCGGGCUCUCCGAUCGGGAUUUGAAGACUGGAUUUGGUGAGCCAACGGCCGCCUUGCUCCCAUCGGUUCCCUACGACGACGACAAGUUCCCUGGUUAUGUCGGAAAUCGAGACCAGGAUGCGAAGAGUGAAACAGGCGUUUCGGCAUUCAGAGAGGGUGACAUGUUCCGCAAUCUGGACACGAGGUCCGAACUGGCCGAGAAGGGGAAUGAGUUGAAACUCGACAAAGUUGAUGAGCGAACCGUCACCGGCGCGCGGAAACGCUGGCUGUUCGUCGUCUACUUCCUCACCUGGUGGCUUCCCGAUGUCUUUAUCCGGAUCUUCCUGCGUAUCAAACGGCCGGAUGUCCGCCUUGCGUGGCGAGAGAAGUUGGCGAUCAACAUGAUCAUCUGGUUCUCGUGUUUGUCCGUCUUGUUCUUCAUGAUCGGCAUGCCUCGUCUCGUGUGUCCCACGCAGAACAUUAUCAGUCCGGCGGCGCUUACUUCGAAGAAUGGCAAGGAUGGCGAACCGGCGUAUGCUUCCCUUCGAGGCAUUGUGUUCGACUUGGGCAAGUUCUCCGUCGGCCACUAUCCCACCACCAUUGUGCCGCAGACCUCGCUGCUCAAUUACGCCGGCACGGAUGUCACCAAUCUGUUCCCCGUCCAGGUCUCAGCCAUGUGUCAAGGGAUGACUGAAGAUGGCAUUUCGCCGGCCGUCCAGCUCAACUACCAGACUUACAACUACACCGGUUCCGUCACAGCCGCCAGCCUGAGCGAUAUGAACGCACAGUAUCACGACUUUCGAUGGGCCACGAACGAUUCUCGACCCUUCUGGCUCACCUCGCAGAUGCUCAUGUUGGAGAGCAACUACUACAAAGGCCAUCUCGGCUACUCUCCACAGUACCUGAAGACGCUGGUCGACAAGGACUCCAUGUCCAUCGCCUACAUGUACGGUCGAGUGUACGACUUCACGCAGUACGUCGCAGGCGGUCGGUCGCCCCAGUACCCAGCCGGAUACACACCACCAAAAACCACACCCGACUCGAACUUCAUGUAUCCCGCCAUCGUGGAGCUGUUCCAAACGAACCCCGGCCAAGACGUCACGAAACUCUGGGAAGCGCUUCCUCUGACCGACUUCAUGCGCGACAGCAUGCAGAUGUGCAUGGACAACCUGUUCUACGUCGGCGACUUGGACACGCGCGGCAGCGUGCGCUGUCUCUUUUCGAAGUACAUCCUGCUCGGCGUCUCGCUGAUGCUGGUCUCGGUGAUUGCGUUUAAAUUCUUUGCUGCGUUGCAAUUCGGGCGCAAGACGACGCCGGAGAACUUGGAUAAGUUCUUCAUCGCUACUAUCCCCGCUUACACGGAAGACGAGGAGUCGUUGCGUCGUGCGAUUGACUCCGCUGCGCGCCUGCGGUACGAUGACAAGCGUAAACUGCUCUUCAUUGUGUGUGAUGGUAUGAUUGUCGGCCAGGGCAACGAUCGUCCUACUCCGCGCAUUGUACUGGAUAUUCUGGGCGUGCCGGAAACUGUCGAGCCUGAUCCGCUGAGCUUCGAAUCGCUUGGGGAGGGCAUGAAGCAGCACAACAUGGCCAAAGUGUACUCUGGCCUGUAUGAGGUGCAGGGCCAUAUUGUGCCGUAUGUGGUUGUUGUCAAGGUCGGCAAGCCUUCAGAAGUUUCACGACCUGGCAAUCGCGGCAAACGAGACUCUCAACUGCUCCUCAUGCGCUUCCUCAACCGCGUGCACUACAAUCUCCCCAUGUCGCCCCUGGAACUGGAACUGCACCAUCAGAUUCGAAACGUGAUAGGCGUCAACCCCACCUUCUACGAAUUCCUGCUGCAGAUCGAUGCAGAUACUGUGGUUGCUCCGGACGCCGCGACUCGUAUGGUUGCUGCUCUCCUGAACGAUGUCAGGAUCAUUGGUGUGUGCGGCGAAACCGCGCUGUCCAAUGCCAAGACCUCGAUGAUCACGAUGAUGCAGGUGUAUGAGUAUUACAUCUCUCACAACCUCACCAAGGCGUUUGAAUCGCUCUUUGGCUCGGUGACUUGUCUUCCGGGUUGUUUCUCCAUGUUCCGCAUCCGAGCGGCAGAAACGGGGAAACCGCUUUUCGUUUCGCGAGAGGUGGUUGAGGACUAUGCGGAGAUCCGCGUCGAUACGCUGCACACCAAGAAUCUCCUGCACCUAGGAGAAGACAGAUACCUCACGACGCUGCUCCUGAAGCAUCAUCCAAAGUACAAGACGAAGUAUACGAUGCGCGCCGAAGCUUGGACGAUAGCACCGGAGAGCUGGUCGGUCUUCCUAUCGCAACGCCGCCGCUGGAUCAACAGCACCGUGCACAACCUGAUCGAGCUCAUCCCCGUGAAGCAACUGUGCGGCUUCUGCUGCUUCUCCAUGCGCUUCGUCGUCUUCCUCGACCUGCUGUCCACACUCGUGCAGCCCGUCAUCAUCGGCUACAUCGCCUACCUCAUCUACAUCUGCAUCUCCAGCCCCUCCACCGUCCCCGUGACGGCAUUCAUCCUGCUCGGCGCUAUCUACGGCUUGCAGGCAAUCAUCUUCAUCCUGCGCCGCAAGUGGGAGAUGAUCGGGUGGAUGCUCAUCUACAUCCUCGCGACGCCCGUCUUCGCUUUCGGCCUGCCGCUCUACGCCUUCUGGCACAUGGACGAGUUCUCGUGGGGCAGCACGCGCGUCGUGACGGGCGAGAAGGGCAAGCAGGUCGUCGUGUCGGACGAGGGCAAAUUCGACCCGGCUACCAUUCCGCACAAACGCUGGGAGGAAUACCAAGCCGAACUGUUCGAUGCGCAGGCGCUGAUGCAGGGCCACUUUGCCGAUGACUCCAAAUCGGAGGUGUCGGGCGUCACGUACGCCACGAAGCAUUUCCAUGCGCAGGACCCGAGUCAAUUCUAUCAGCAUCGUUCCGGCUCGGCGCUGAGCCAAAUUGGUUUGCAACCCUCCAUGCACUCUCCCCUCGGCGGCGGCGCCUACGGCUACGGCAACGUCUCGCAGAUGACGCUCCCUCCCUAUCAGGCUGAAGCGGGCAGCAUCUAUCACGGGCAAGUGUCGUCGUCAGGUUUCGAUUUAGACGAACAGUUCGCGGACGCGUUGCCGAGUGACGACGCGCUGUUGGCGGAGAUUCGCGACAUUCUGCGCACGGCGGAUUUGAUGAGCGUUACGAAGAAGAGUAUCAAGGCGGAGUUGGAGAGGCGGUUUGGGGUUGGGUUGGAUGCGAAGCGGUUGUAUAUUGGGAGUGCUACGGAGGCGGUUCUGACGGGGCAGCUGUGAGGAGUCUUACUAUAAUUUUUUUUUGGAGUAGUGGGGGAUAGCGAGGCGUUGAGGUUAUUUCUUUGGAUAGUUCAUAUGUUCACUCGACACUGCAGCUUUUCCGCAGCGCAUCACAUGC